UGUCCUCUUUACAUUUGGCUGUUGGUGUCAGUGUCAAAUCGUUUUAUAAAUAAAACCAUAACCUGAAGAAAAACCAUAAAACAUUAAAAAUGCACGAACACGAUAAAGAAACCUGGAUAGAUUUAAUCGAAAAUUACAAGAAGUUUGCUUUGUUAUGGGAUCCAACGCACAAAGACUAUUCGGACCAAAAUUUGCGUCAAAAAGCUUAUGAAAAAUUACUCAAGUUAUACAAAAACAUUGAUAGCGAAGCUACUUGCUUACACGUAAAGAAGAAACUUAAUAAUAUGAAAACUACUUACAACAGAGAAAAGAAAAAGAUGAACAGCUGUCAAGAAAAGGGGAUAAAGUACACACCAAACUUAUGGUAUUUUAGCCAUUUUAGUUUCCUUGAUAAAAAUGUAGUGAAAACUCAAGAAAGGCAAAAAUAUUUUCACUUCAAUAGGUAUGACAAUAAGAUAUAUUUGGAGAUGUCUCCGUUGAAAAGGAAACGAGUUGAUGCUAAUGGUUCUUGUACACCGAAAUCGGAGGCUGAUGUAACAGAAUACUAUUUAAAUAUAGAGCCUAUACAUUCUUCUGAAGAGGAUAACACUCAAAAUACUGAACCGUCACUACCCAGCCAUCUCCACAUCCAGGUUCAAUCUCCACGCAUCCAGAACAUCUUUACUUCACAAGAAAAUACCAUAUACAAUCAAUCACUGCACAGCUUACCGGAGCAUAAAAAUAAAAUAUCACCAGAUGAGAGACUCCGGGAUCUUUUAGAAAAGCAAGAAAACUUUGUAGGUACAGUUAGUAAAAUGUUGACUAAGGAACAAGAUGAUUGGGAAGUUAUCGGCAAAGCUUUAGGGCUACAGUUAUCUAGGUUAAGCGGUAGACAAAAAACUAUUGCUAGGAAAUUGAUAAAUGACAUUAUUUACUUCGGGAUGAGGAACGAAUUGGCUGUGGAGUCAUAUGUUGAUGUUAAUGAAGUGAUGGAGGAUAAGGAUGUAGUUUAUGUUGAUUUAGAUUUGUCUUAGAAAUGAUUUUGUAAAUAAAAUGAAAUGAAGUUUUGAUAUUUAAUACCUACUUGUUUUUUUUUUUUUUUUAG